AUGUCCGAGUCUGAGAAAUUGCAGAUUCCUCACGAUGCCAACGAACAGCCCCUGGCGGUCACCCUCCUCGUCAUCGGAGUGGGCGUGGGCUGGCUGGCUAAUUACCUCGGAAUGAUCCGCAAGUCAUUCCAGGACCGCACCUACUGCAUGCCGUUGGUUGCCCUGGCCUGCAAUAUUUCCUACGAACUGGUGUACGUGCUCUAUCCCCCAGACAGCCCGAUGUGGCCGAUUGUCUUUGGCCUCUGGCUGGCUGUGGAUGUAGCGGUCGCCUACACUACCAUGCGAUUCGGCCCCAAUGAAUGGGGACAUGCCCCUCUGGUCCAACGGAACCUACCUUGGAUAUUGGUCGCGAGCAUUGCCGGCUGGAUAACUGUACAUCUGGCACUGAUCGCCCAUUUUGGACCUGUCGAGGCAGCCGCCUGGAGCGCUUUUGGCUGCCAGUUGUUCCUGAGUGCCGCAAAUCUCUGCCAACUAAUGGUCCGAGGCAGUAGCCGUGGGACUUCUCCUUUUAUCUGGUUAACUCGCUUCAUGGGAACUGCGAUUGUCUUACCCCACGAAAUACUGCGGUAUAAGAAUAAAGAUCCGACCGUUUUUUGGAACAACCCCUUGGGCUGGUGGGGCGGAGCGGCUUUCUAUGUAUUCGAUAUUUCCUAUGGUAUUCUGCUCUGGAAGAUCCUACGAUCCGAAAGGACAGUGGCAGUGAAGUCGGGGGGAAAGGAAGGCCCAAUUACAGUCGAGAAAAGCAGAGUGAAACAAGUGGGCAGUGCUCCUUAG